AAGCCAAGCUAAGCUAAAACUUGCUGUAAUUCUGUGAAUAUCUUGGCGAUCUUUUGAAAUUUCAGUUUUCAACUAGCACAACUAGCAGCAAUUUUCCGUAAAGUGGGCUACAAAUUGUCAAUUUACUGUUAUUUGAUUACCUAGUUGUCUCUUAUUGAAGCAAAUUGGACAAGAUUGAGUUACUCUACAUUAAAUUAGAGCGAUUCUUUUACAAUCUGAUUAUUUUAUAGUUAUUUUUAAACUGUUGUAUCUCGGGAUCUGAUGAACCAAUUGAAAAAAAAAAAAAAUGAAAAGAGCAGUAAAUAAGGAUAAGUAAGUAAAGUAUUAAAACUUAAAUAACACUUGUUCCGCAAUCUGCGAACGCGCCUCCGUUACCAAUCAGCCCCCACCAACGAGCCGCAGCCACUGGUACAGCGAAACAGGAGAAUAUGUGUCAGAGCAACAGCGAGACUACCGAUACCAAUAAAUAGAGGGAGAGAAAGAAGGGAUAAAAACAAAACCAGAUUGAUACCGUGUGCAUUAAGAUCUAAUAGUGUAAUACCUAAGGACUAUUGCUAGAAAUUUAUCUAAAACUAAAUCUAAUUAUAAAAAGUGAAUUGGAUUAAGUUAAACCUAAAAGUAGUACGGAUACGGAGUGGUGAAUGGAUGCUAAGUGAUAGGUAAACUUAACUAAAAAGGAAUACUUUUUGUAAACGUAAAUUAACAAAAAAAAUCAUCACAAACAGAAGUGAACCAUAAUUGGCGAACACAUAAAACAUCAAUUCCGCAAAUUUGUACUUGCUAGAAACAGGAUCUACAAAGAUACCGUACGCCUGCACAUUCCGGACGGAACGGAAUUGCUAUAAGCCACUAAACGUAAGUAACUCAAAGUACCCUUUUGUCGACUGAAAUUCAAUACAUUUAAGAACAAAACAUAUGUAUUCUGCAGGGAAAAUUUAACAUAUAAAGCAUUACACAUAUUUCUGUGCGUUUGUUUAAAUUUUCGGAAGUCUGCCGUGUCUUGUUGCCGUAUACGGGAACAAUUUAAAUUUUCCGUUUAAUUUUUUCCGGAAUGUCAAGCCAAAGCGUAGCGGGUGCCGGAGAACAACUCCGUAAAAAAAGUGAUUCUCCUGGUGGUGAGGGGGCGAGUUGUGGUACGUGUCGCCGUGUAGACAAUAGUCGAAUGGUGCAGUGUGACAAGUGUGAUGUGUGGUAUCAUUACGAUUGCGUAAACGUAGACGAUAGUAUCCGGAACCAUGACUGGGAUUGCAACGGAUGCAUAAGGACAGAACUGGAGAAGCAAAGGCGGACUUUGAACGAGCAGUUGGAGCGUCUUGAGCAGCAUCAGCGGCAGUGGCAACUGGAGCAACGAAGGCUCCUAGAGCAGAGGGAGGAACGGCAGAAGCUUGAGCAGUGGCAGCAAACAGAGAUGCAGCAACGAAAGCAAGAGCCGGCCAUCCGAAUGCAGUUAGGACAGUUGCAGUUGCAGCAGCCAAGUGUGACGUCUGAAGCAGCUAUGACUGGACUCGAAGCACCUCCGAAUACCUCCGGUGCUAUUCCGAAGCAGUAUCGGCAUCAAGUCAAGAUCGUGGAGCAGACUACGUCAGAAAGAUUCACACCACAAGAACGACGCAACACCGAACCACUAGCAAACUCAACCACCAACAACGUGAAGACAACAGCCAGGACCGACAGAGCAUCGUCGAGAUCAUCGAAGCGAUCAGCAAAAUUCAGAGAACUAGAAGCGAGGGUCCUGGAAGCUAGACAAGCAUUAGAGAAGAAGCAGCUAGAAGAACGACUCGCACUUGAGCGUGAAAUGUUGGAGUUCAGCGAUUCAGAAGCGGAAUCAAUUACAAGUCUGGAGAAGAUCAACGAGUGGCUGGAGAAAACGGAGAACAUGGGGCAGCACACUGGAAGCUCCUUGGAUGACACACCUCUGCCGGUGUAUAACGAAAUUCUUCGUAAAACGGUCGCGUCAUCUGUUCAACACGGUCUCCCAAGUAGCUGCUUUCCAGCUGGACCGACAAAUCGUCAACUGUCGGUGGAAGAACCUCUACAUCAUCCGCUCGUCAUUCCGCAGCAAAUUGAUAUGACUUGCGCUCCUGGUACACACCUAUACCACUCAAGACCCAGUGCUAACACCCCAAGGGUUACAGCAAACCAAGCAACGAACUAUCAGUCUGCGUUCGGCGGAUAUCCAUGUGCGUCAUCGGCUCCUGUGUAUACUGUAGCGUCUCAGCGACCGAUAAUGUCAACGACAUACCCGGCGGCAAAUCUUCCGCAUGUUGUCGCUCAGAACGUGGUCAGUUCACAAGGUAGCGGCCAACCGUUACUGAUAACAUCAACUCCGCGGCAAAAUCUGGCUUCACUUCAGCAGCAAGUUAGCAACGAUCCAAUUCCUCUCAACAGCAGCCAUCUAGCGGCGAGGCAAACAGUAAAGGACCUGCCGAAGUUCGGUGGUGAUCCCGAAGAUUGGCCACGAUUCAUAGCAGCGUACGAAAGAACCUCCAGAAUGUGUGCGUUUCGGAAUGAUGAACUGCUCGAUCGUCUGGAGCGAAGUCUUUACGACAGGGCACUCAACGCCGUCAAGAGUCUGCUGCUUCACCCAGACAAUGUUCCGGCAAUAAUGAACCGGUUGCGAACCCUGUUCGGUAAUCCAGAGUCCAUCGUGGAGACAAUGGUUCAGAGAAUUCGCGUAAUGCCACCACCGAAAGCCGAUAAGAUGGAGACGAUUGUGGACUUCGGCGUCGCAGUCCAGAACUUGUGCGCAACAAUACAGGUAUGCCAGAUGGAUGAACGGUUCUACAACGUUGCAAGAGCUCGUCGAAAAUCUGCCGUCAUCGUUGAAGAUCAAGUGGGCACUUCAUCGGAAGGAGAUUGGAGUAGUUACGCUCUUGCACUUUAAUCACUGGCUCAGCGAGAUGGUUGAAGCUUUGUGCCAAGUGAUCCGACCAUCGGUGUGGUCCAAAUCCGAACACAAAUCAGACAGAAGGGGUCGGAGAGAUGAGGCCUUCGUUCAUGCGCAUUCUUCGCUUAUGCCAGAACAGGUGAACAGCAAUAGUUGCCUAGCGUGUGGAAACGAUUGUUGUGCCCUCGAUAUGUGCAGUAAUUUCCUCGAGAUGUCGCCGAAUGCACGAUGGGCCCUAGUGAAUGAGAAGAAGAUCUGCCGAAAGUGCCUCGCUAAGCACUUCAAAGCCUGCGACAGGAAGGUCCCCUGCGGACACAACGGGUGUAGUUUUCUUCAUCAUCGGCUAUUACACGACGAUAGUAGGCACCGGAAACCAUUACAGGGCACACCGACACAGGAUGCGUCAGUGAACAUACAUCACAGCUUGCUGGGCAAAGUACUGUUGAAGUACGUACGAGUCACGGUGCACGGCAAGGGGAAAUCUAUUACAACGUACGCGUUCAUUGAUGCAGGAUCUACUUCAACGCUGAUGGAGCACAGUUUGUGGGAGGAGCUGAAUUUGGACGGUAAAAAUUCUCCAUUGUGCAUCUCGUGGACUGGCGGACAAGGACGAUACGAACAUGACUCGGUAGUAUUCUCAGCUGAGAUCGCUGGCGCCCAGUCUCCGACGCAAAAUUUUCUUCUCCCGGAAGUACACACGGUGCGAAGCCUGGAUCUCCCUGCGCAGACGAUGUCAGUAUCAGAUCUAGCGAAGCAUUUCCAGCAUCUCUCAGACCUGCCAAUCGAAUCGUAUGUCAACGUGAAGCCAAGAAUUUUGCUGGGAAUUGAUAGCUGCCGACUGGAAUACCCGCUAGACUCCAGAGAAGGCAGUGAAAAUCAGCCAACAGCAGUUUUGACUCGGUUAGGCUGGGUGGUCUACGGUCCAUGCUCAACGUCUUCGACCAAAACGAUAAAGGACAUCUCGUACGGAUAUCAUAUUUGUCAAUGCGAAGGGCUGCAUUCAGCGGUCAAGAACUAUUUCUCCAUGGAUAGCCUUGGAAUUCAACUUUCCGGAAAACCGCUAAUGUCUAAGGAAGACGAACGAGCAAUGCAGCUGUUAAAAACAAAGACGUACUUUUGUGAUAGAAGGUACGAAACCUGUCUACUAUGGCGCUACGACGAAGUUCGACUACCAGAUAAUAAAGCCAUGGCUCUGAAGCGACACGACUGCCUGAACAAACGAAUGAUUCGUGAACCAAAAUUAGCCAAGGACCUACAAGAAAAGAUCUUGGAUUAUCAAGCGAAAGGGUACAUCCGAAAGCUUUCGGCACAAGAGGAAGCAACGCACAUCGGACGGUGUUGGUAUCUGCCGAUUUUCCCAGUCGUCAACCCGAACAAACCCGGGAAGUUGCGUAUUGUAUGGGACGCCGCCGCUAAAGUGGGAAAACUAUCGCUGAAUUCAUUUCUGCUGAAGGGUCCUGAUCAAGUUACACCACUACAAGAUGUCCUCCAAAGAUUUCGUGAGUUUCGUAUUGCGGUGACAGGAGAUAUUCGCGAAAUGUUUCACCAAGUUCGCAUCAACACCGAGGAUCAGCAUUGCCAGCGGUUUUUAUGGAAUGACGGCGUUCCUGGAAAGGCACCAUCGACUUACGUAAUGGAAGUAAUGACGUUCGGUGCAUGCUGUUCCCCCAGCAGUGCACAGUACGUUAAGAACCGCAAUGCAGAACGAUUUAGGAAUCGGUUUCCAGAUGCAGUUGAAGCGAUUUGCCAAGGGACGUACGUAGACGAUAUGCUCUGCAGCGUUGAAACUGAAGCAGAAGCCGUGAAACUCGCAAAGGACGUGCAUCACAUACAUGCAGAAGGUGGAUUUGAAAUUCGCGGAUGGCUGUCGAACUCUGAAUAUGUAGUGGAAUCCAUGGGAGAACAGAGGAUACGCAGCAAGGAUUUGAACAAGGUUGGAGAACUCUCGACCGAGAAAGUGCUGGGAAUGUGGUGGAACACGAUCGACGACACGUUUACGUUCAAGAUUCCGAAGCGUUGCCGGAUGGAGCUGUUGUCCGGAGAACAAGUUCCCACGAAACGCGAAGUACUUCGAAUCCUCAUGUCAGUGUAUGAUCCACUAGGACUUCUAGCUAACGUGUUAAUGUUCCUGAAGGUUCUGCUCCAAGAGAUCUGGCGCUCUAACAUAGGAUGGGACGAACCGAUAUCCGACCAGCAUCUAGAGAAGUGGAGAAUAUGGCUUAGCGUCCUGCAGAAUGUGCAGACAGUGUCCGUUCCUCGUUGCUAUCGAUCCGUGACAUCAGCAUCAGUGGAAAGCAAUGAUAUUCAAUUGCACGUCUUUGCCGACGCAAGCGAAAACGGAUACGCCGCAGUUGUCUAUUUCCGUUUCGAAGAAAGCCAAUCGGUGGAGUGUGCCUUCGUUACCGCUAAAACUCGUGUAGCUCCUCUAAAAUACACAUCAAUUCCUCGCUUGGAGCUUCAAGCGGCAGUGAUUGGCGCGCGGUUGGCGAAACAUGUUGGAGAUACCCAUCGAAUUCCGAUUAAAAAGCGGUUCUUCUGGACCGAUUCUAUGGAUGUUCUAUGCUGGUUACGCUCAGACCAUAGAAAGUAUAGCAAGUUCGUAGGUGCCAGAGUAGGUGAGAUCUUGGAAAACACCGAACAGUCAGAGUGGUUCUGGAUUCCUACUAAGGAGAACGUGGCUGAUGAAGGCACAUAAUGGCAAAAGAUCCCCGACCUCUCUCCGUCAAGCCGGUGGUUCAAGGGUCCGAAUUUUCUGAGGUUACACGGAAAAAAAUCCAUUCCCAAGACCGUGAAUAUGACUCAUAGUUUCCCGAUAUUUUUAUGAUUUUAUGUUAUAAAUAUACACCAUGAUUAAAUUUUAUGAUCUUAUGAUUCAUUUCACCAUAACGCUAUGCACCCGUUAUUAUUUUGGCUUUCGACGACCAAAAAUGGAAAAUAUAAUCAUGAAGCUAUGAUUAAAUAAGCUGGGAUCAUGAGUAGCAUUCAUGAAGCCAAGAAUAAUUUUCCUAAACCUGGAUGCAGAUCCUGAUGCUUUACCACCAGAUUCAUAAAAUUAUGGUUUGGUGAGGUAGAACCAUGCAAAGAAUUCAUGGAAUCAAAAAAUACUUUUAUGAUUCCGUCGUCGUCGGACCUCAAUGUUUCUCAGUCAAAUUCAUAAAAUCAUGGUUGAGGGAGAUGGAACCAUGCAUAGAAUUCAUGGAAUUAAGAAUUACUUUUAUGAUUCCGUCGUCGUCGGUCCCAAAUGCUUUUAAUUAGAUUAAUAAAACGAUGCAAGCUAAAAUCAUAAGAAAAUAAAAUACGUGAUAUCAGAGCCCAUUUCUAUGAUUUUGGGACCUAUCCAUCAUCCUUUUUUCUAUGAGCAAGCAGCACUUUUUAGUUGGCCUCUUGUUAGUGAAGAUAUGUAAUGUUCAAAUAUAAAAGAGAACAACAAUGAUCGAACUCACCGGAUAAUCAUAUUUAGCUGGUUUAUUAUUUUUGUCUUUGGCACCUACAUCCAACAGGCUAAGGAUGCCCUCCAAACCACAUCAAUUGUUCACUAGUUCACAUCACUUGCUGAGUCUCCGAACUCGUCAAACGAUGGAUAAACCAAAAAAAAUAGAGAAAAUUACCGAAAAUUAACGCGCGAUUCUCACUUUGCUUCACCCUCCGUACAUAAACUCGGAGCUACGACGGAUGGCACAACGAAAACGCGAACUAGGCACUGUUUACUUUUUGCGCGUUUACUUUUUAGUCAAUCAACUCCCAACAACCUGCCGAAUCUUACGGGCACACUGUUUCGAUGUUCCAUUUCCUCAUAUAUGCACAUUUAUUACUCUAACCAAAUAAAAA